AUGGGCUCUAUCUGGAACGCUUUCACUGGCGGCAACAAGUCCGGCCACCAGCAGCAACAGCAGCAGUCGCAGUCAUACCAGCCCACAACACAAGAACCCGCGCACUACUCCUCCUACGACCCCACGGAAGGCCAGGGCGUCGAGUCCUUCCUCCAGAGCUCUACCUUUGCCGACCCCUCGCAAUUACAUCCUCUCGCCGGCCUCAACAGAGAUACGCUCGAAUAUAUUUCCCUCGAGGACUCAGCCUUGUCCGAGUUGCCUGGUGGCCAAUCAGUCCUGCCCUCUCGUGGCUUCACAGAUGACUUGUGUUACGGUGCCGGAGUCACAUACCUGGGUGGCCUGGGAGUUGGAGGUGCUUGGGGUCUGCAGGAGGGUCUCAGAAGGUCGGCCGGCCAGCCUCCCAAGCUGCGAUUGAACGCUGUCCUCAACUCGGUCACCCGACGAGGACCUUUCCUCGGCAAUUCGCUGGGUGUCGUUGCUAUAAUUUACAACUGCACAAACUCCUUGAUUGGAACCCUUCGUGGAAAGCAUGAUGCUGCAAACACUGUUCUCGCUGGUGCGCUGAGUGGUAUGCUCUUUAAGAGUACCCGCGGUCUUCGUCCCAUGGCUAUCUCUGGUGGUAUUGUUGCCUCUGUAGCUGGUGCCUGGGCUAUUGUGCGACGAUCUUUCUUCCCUAUCCCCGAGCCCGUCACUCCAGUUUCUGAUGAGCUCACUCUGUAA